CAGAAAACAAGACACGGAAAUGGUGAUGGCAUUGUUUUUUUAAUGGUUGUUGACUAUCACUUCAAAACAAGAUUUCGAUAAUUUAAAUUGUACAUGUCCUUCACCCAAUGACCUCCAGAGCUUUCGCUAGCAAGACGUCACGACCUCUUCAACGUGACGUCGCCGGUGACGCGACUGGAGAUGACGACAAACGUGCGGCUCUGGGCAGCUGGCUCAGGAGAGCUAACCAGGGCCAGUGGGCCGAGGACAAGACGGUGCUCAAGAUACGACAGUUGAAACAGAGGCUGAGGCCGCUAACACAGCACAUGGUGUACAGCCGUAGAGUUGACCUGAGUGACGCCGCUCUGCUCAAGUGGCUGAUCGUCUCCAACUUUGACGUCUACAUGGCCGACACCAAGAUAAGGAAAAGUCUGGAACUCAGGGAGAAGUUAAAGAUUGAUUACUUGACCACAGAGUACAGACCACCACAGCACCUGCAGGCCUGCUAUGCAGGUGGUCUAUGUGGCCUAGACAAGCAGGGCUCGCCUGUCUACUACGAGCUGUACGGUCUGAUGAACAUCCAAGACGUGAUGAAGACGGUGGGGCGGGAGGGGCUGAUCCAGUUCAAGGUCUACCAACACGAGCGGAUCCUCCAGCACAUGAAGAAACUCUCGCGAGGCAAGGCUCAUCAAGUGGACGCCAUCUUGAUCGUGGCUGACCUCCAGUUCUGCGGGGUCGAGAGUUUGUUCAGUUCUGCUCUCUUCUUGUGGGCUAAGGUGCUGGAGGUCCUGAUUGAGACCUACCCGUCCCUGAUCAAAGAGAUUCUGCUCAUCAACACCCACACGGUGACCUUGGAGAUAGAGGGCAACCUACAGUCGUACUUCAGCGCCCCGGCAUGUCAGCUGAUUAAAGUCUGUGGCAGACAUUACAUGCCGGAUUUACUCAAGCGUAUCAAACACCAGGAGAUUCCCGCUUACCUGGGCGGCAACAAAAAGAUGCCAGACAUUCACACCUUCGCUAGACUGGACGUGGACUACUGGAACUGUAAGGAUCUAGACUGGAUCUCUGUGACCGACGCCCGACGGGCCAAACAGAAAACCGACGAGUGCACGGUCCUGCCGGGCAUCCGGCGUGUGGAGGAGUAUCACGUGACCGAGGCCGAGUCGAGCCUGGCCUGGGAGGUGAAGGACAUCGAUGAGGCUAUCGGUCUGUCCAUCUACUGGCACCUGCUGGGUGAGCGGAACCUCGUCUUCGCCAGAUGCGUCCUUUGUGAGGACAGCGCCAACCUGUCUGGAGAGAUCGAGUGUUCGAUGACGGGCAGGUACCUGGUGGUACUGGACAAUGUUCGGGACCUGGCACAGGCCUGCACUUUCAAGCACACCAUCACCAUCCGGUCACCCAAAGAAAAAACCGUCCAGAAAACUCUCAAGAUAGAGGACACCAUGGGCGUGAAGUUGCCGCCCAUUCGUCAGACUGGAAGGAAGGACAGGCUUGAUCAGAUGGUCAACUUUAGGAGUGACAACACGGAUUGGCUGACACACAUUUAGCACAGCACACACAAUGACCUACCGACCCACAUUUAGCACAACACACACAAUGACCAACUGACCCACUUAAUAAUACAUAGCACACACAAUGACCUACUGACCCACUUAAUAAUACAUAGCACACACAAUGACCUACUGACCCACAUUUAGCACCAGUACGGAACCAGUUAAGAUUACAGGAUGUGACGCCAGACAAGGAACACACCUUCAAACCUUUCGAACCUUUACAUCGUGUGAAUGAUUCGCCUCAUGUCUCAUACAUUAAUGGUAUAUUGAAGAAUUACUCUGUUGAAAUUAUUAAACUUUAAUUU